AUGAGCGAGAAACUUAGUGACAAAUUUAACAAAUUCCAAAAUGUCUUUCUGAUGGAAAAGCAUCGCAUUGAUAGUUUUCAAAAAUGGCCCUACGAUGAAUCAGUGGAGUGUAGCAUUACCAAAAUGGCCCAAGCUGGUUUCUAUUGGUCAGGCAAUAUGACGGAUGAGGACACCGUGACCUGUUUUGUUUGUGGUAAAACAUUGCAUGGCUGGGAUCCUACCGAUGAUCCAUGGAAAGAACAUGCCAAACAUGCACCACAAUGUCAAUUUGUAAAAUAUGGUCACAAAGAAGCUGAUUUGACGUUGGAGGAAUUCCUGAAUAUUUUCUCGGCUGUUGGCAUAAACAAAAUGCUAAAAGAUAUCAAUAAUAUUAAAUCAAAUUUUCUGGCACGAUCAUCAUCGGAAUUGGAAAGUUUUCUUAUGGAGAAAAAGUAGUGCUAGCUAAUGCCAGAAUAUUUUAUUGUUAGGAUAUUUCUUUUUUGUAAUUUUAGUAUACAAUUCUAGUUUAGUAGUAAAACCAAAAUAAAAGUUUUUUUUUAUCUACUAGUUUGCAAUAAAGCGGAAAUUUGUUUAUGAAGACAGCAGAUACAUAUGU